UUGUGUUGUGACAAUUGGAAUUGUAUCAAAGUACAAAUUUCUUGUAAUGGGUCGUUUUUAGCAAAUUCCUUGUUUCAUAAAUUUUAGUUUGAACAUGAUUUAUCAGAAAGAUAAAAUAUAAGUAAUGUUUACAAUAUUAUCACAUAAAUAAGAACUGUACUCUUUUUGGCUCUGAUUUAUUUAAUUUAAAAUGCCAUUUCUGAAGCCUUAUAAAGAGCCCAGGUCUCGAAUCCUUGAAAGAACUACAAGGAAGAAUGGGUUGCGACAUGCUAUCUUUAAUAUAAAAGGAGAUAAAUAUAUUGGCGAGUGGAAAAAUAAUGUACGACACGGUAAAGGGUCGUACCUGUCGAAAAAGAAGAGGCUUUAUGAAGGAGAUUGGGUAAAUGGACUGAAGCAUGGUUAUGGAGUCCUCUCUCAAGUACUGGAUGACGGCACUUUUGUUUUGCUGUAUGAAGGUGACUGGGUGAAAGGAAAGCCAGAGGGUGUCGGCAGGAAGCACUAUCCCAGGGAAGAAUAUUACGAAGGCGAAGUGAAGGCAGGAAAACGUCACGGGCACGGACGUAUGUGGUAUGCUGAUGGAUCCUUCUACGAUGGUUUCUGGGUUGAUGACAUGAAGGAUGGCCUCGGACUCUAUGUCGCAUCCAAUGGGAACAGGUAUGAGGGAUACUGGCGAGCAGAUCGUAAACACGGCUACGGUGAAUACUACCAUCUAGACAGUGGGCAAAUGCAGUUUGGUUUGUGGAACCAGGGAAUCGCUGUUUGCACAAACAUGAGGGACAUCAUGUUCCGGCAAGCUAGCCAGCAGCCUACACCUUACCCUAUACCAGAGGUUGAGUUAUUGGACCCCGAACUUGUAUAUGAGACGGAGUACAAUCGUAUAGCGACAGAGCAAGUUGAGCCAGAACCUGAGGUCGUUGAGGUCUUCAGUGUUUCACCUGGUCCCUCACUUUCUCCGUGGUUCUACGUCGAUUGCUGUGACAGAGUAUUUCCACCACGAUAUUAGGUUGUUUUCACCAUAUGUAUAUUCAGUACAUUUAGAUUACAUUACAACACUGUUCUUUAGUAUAUUUGUACCUUAACUAGUUUAUGAGUGAUGGAAGUCUAUUUUUAAAAUAACUAAUACAAUUCGUAUAAGAUGUUAUUGUUACUGUUGUUAAAUAUUUAUUUUAUUUGGGUAAAUAUAGGUGUUACUUUUUUAUAUAGUA